AAGAGACGGAAAUGGGAAACAUCAACUCUACACAACCUCCAAAAGCUCAAAAAGAUCGGAAGAAAGAGAGUAGCAACGCAGAUACUGGAAAAGCUAGACAACCUGCGACCGGAAACAAAAUCUCCACUCAAACUUCACAAGAUAAACAUGUCGUUCGGCCUCGUACGACGAAUCCUUUCAAUUUUUUCCUGCAACUACGCAGCAAAAAGCCGAACGAACAUGCCACUGUGAUAGCACGAGCUGCAGGCAAAUUGUGGUCCCAGAUGACUCCCGAACAGAAAAAGAAAUAUGUGGAUCUUGCCAAUGCGGAGAAGAAACGACGCCAGGAAAAGAAAUGGAAGAGAAAUCGUUUGUCCGCACGUUCGAGGAUGAAGUAACAAAGCUCGUUGAAUAGCAAA